AUGGUUAUGGAUUUCGUUAAGAAUGUAAGUGUUUUCUUUGGCAUAUAACGUUUUCCCAGUUAAAUUAUAGAAUGGAAUCGCGUGCACAUGACCCUAACUGCUGAAAUAUCACAACUGCUCCUUUAUUUUUAUAAGAUACUAGCGUAUACAAAGUGUAAAAAAAAUUGCGUCCGAUUCUAUGAAGCAAAUGUCUGACGAAUCUUCACCUGGGUAGUUAAUUUUAAAUUCAGCAACAUGUUUGAACGGAUUCUGAAUGCGCAUCAGCCCAGUUUAUAUAACCGAAACGAGAAUACCUACUCAAGAUGGUGGGUUUGAAUACACAUUAUUCGAAUGGCUCUAAAAAGCAUCCGGAAAAGAUCACGAUUAACGUUCACAAGACGUCUGCUGCUGAGAAACCUCAUGGCUGUCUUUGCAGUCACAGGCGUUUGAGGUCCAAAAGUUGCUUGUUCGUAAUUACUGGAGAUUGUUGAGUGUAGUCGUUGCAAGAGACAGGCAUCAGCAGAAGUAGCCCUUUCAUUGCAUGUCGACUGUACGCUUCCAAAAACGUCUCUUUUUAACAUGUGGUCCAGGUUCAACGAGAAUCUGUUUGGGACUAAGCGCAAUUUUAGAAGAUUUCGCAGCCCUGUUAUAACCCGUUUAAGACCCUACUUAUUAUAUUUUCCCGUAAUCUUCGCCAAGCCGACUGACAUUUUGGUCUAAGCUAUAAACUGACCGUCAGAAGUAAUAUUUAUAAAUUCGCAAAACUCUUUGCUGCUCUGUCCGUGCAUAGAAUUGUUUGCCUUCUGUUGAAUAUGACGAUUAAGUGUCUUCCUAUGUUCGCACUGCUGAUGCUUCAAGGAGGGUCUACCAACUCUGACGAGCAUUUGCCCAGUGUGUCGGAAAACCAAGGUGGAGCAAACUCGCCUAAAGGAAUUACUCGAAGUGGAGGAGGACAGAAACCCGUAUGUAUUUGCUAGCAUCACCACAGCCCUUUCUCCACUGGUUCACCUUUGCCCAACGACAGAGGAUUCCAUAAGGAAACCGUCAACUUCAUGGCUUUCUACCGGAAAGGACGCCUCGAAUUCUGGCAAGUUUUCCUGCUAA